GCUCUCCUCACACAAGUCUACCACAGCAAUAAACAACUGCGAGUAUUUAAGGACACUGGACAAUCCUUCCUUAGUAAUAAUCAUAAUAAAACAAAGAUACCACCAGUUACCUCUCCAUCCCAUCCUAAUGAAGGAGCUUCACCCUGACUGACUUCGGGAGAUGGGAUUACUCAACAUAACAGACCAGACCCCACUGGUCCAGGCCAUAUUUAACCGUAAUCCAGGAGAAGUUCAGGUACUGUUGCACAAGAAGGAAGAUGUCAAUGCACUGGACCCAGAGCGGCGUACCCCUCUGCACGCUGCCGCUUACCUGGGCCACGUUCACAUCAUGGACCUCCUCAUUCAUUCAGGUGCCACUGUUAAUGCUAAGGACCAUUUAUGGCUGACUCCUCUGCAUCGGGCAGUCGCCUCCCGGAAUGAAAAGGCAGUGGGGCUGCUGCUGAAGCAAGGGGCGGAAGUGAAUGCGCGGGACAAGCUGUGGCAGACCCCGCUCCACGUGGCGGCGGCCAAUAGGGCCACGCGGUGCGCCGAGGCCCUGUUCCCCUACCUGGGCAGCCUCAACGUGGCCGACUGCAACGGCAGGACCGCCCUGCACCACGCCGCUCUCAGCGGCCAUUUGGAGAUGGUGACGUUGCUGCUAAACAAAGGGGCCAGCUUGAAUGCUAGCGAUAAGAAAGAGAGACAACCUGUGCACUUGGCGGCCUGUCAUGGCAACCUGGAGGUGGUGAAGCUGCUGGUCUCCCGGGGCGCGGACGCGGUGUGCAAGGACGAGCGCGGCUACACCCCCCUGCACGCCGCGGCCGCCAGCGGCCACGUCGACGUGGUGAAGUACCUGCUGCAGCUGGGGGCCGAGAUGGACGAGCCCAACGCCUUCGGGAACACCGCGCUGCACAUGGCCUGCUACCUGGGGCAGGAGUCCGUGGCCAACGAGCUGGUCAACCGGGGCGCCAACGUCAACCACCCCAACCGCCGCGGCUGCACCCCCCUCCACCUGGCCGCCGUCUCCACCAACGGCGCCCUCUGCCUGGAGCUGCUCGUCAACAACGGCGCUGACGUCAACAUGCAGAGCAAAGAGGGGAAGAGCCCCCUGCACAUGGCGGCUAUUCACGGCCGCUUCACCCGCUCCCAGAUACUCAUCCAGAACGGCGGAGACAUUGACUGUGUGGAUAAAUAUGGCAAUACUCCUCUUCACAUUGCUGCUAAGUACGGCCAUGAACUGCUGAUCAGCACCCUGAUGACCAACGGUGCUGACACAGCCAGGUGA